UUUCGUACAACGAGAGGGAGUCACUUCUUGACAGGCGUCUCAUACACAUUUCAAUUUCAAACAGUGAUAAAAAUAUAUAUAUAGACAGACAUAUAUAUGUAAAAGUGUGUGUGUAUAUAUAUAUAUAUAUAUAUACACGUAUAUAGAUACAUAUAUACGUUUCUAUUUUUUUUUUUUUGAUAGAAAAAUAAUUUUUCUUAAUUUCUCACGCGAGUGGACUUGAAUUAAUAAUAAUAAUAAUAAUAAUAAUCAUAAUAAUAAUUUAAAAAAAUAACAAUAUUGAUUCGUUGGGAUAAAAGUCUUGUUUCUUUAAAAGUAACCCCAUAAAAACGAGAAGUAGUUCUAUCGUGAAAAAAUUCAAUUCGAUCUGAUCGAUAUUCAAUCGAUAACGACAAAGCGCUUCGUUCGAAUUUCUUUAUUCGUUCGAACGAUCGAUCGAUCGAUCGAUCGAUCGAUCUUUUCUAAAGAGAGAAAUUGAAAUAGAGAGAGGAGAGAGAGAGAGAGAGAGAGAGAGAGAUAAAGAAAGAAAUAGACAAAUAAGAAGAUAAAAGAAGAAAAAAGUGUAAGAAGUGAUCUCGAUUAAAAUUAAGAAACAUGUUUAAUAAAGUGAAAGCAAAAUUAAACGAAAAUUAAAGAAAAAAGGAAAAAAAUAUAUAUAUAUAUUAAAAAAAAAAAAAAAAGAGAGAUAGAAAGUAAAGAAACGAAAAAAAAAAUCAACCAAUCGACCAACAAUUAUUAGGAUUAAUUAUUAAAAGAUAAUUAAUAUACAUUGAGCACGAACGCUUCUCUCUAAUUGAUACGAAGAAACUUAGAAGAAAUUUUACGAGAUGUCUUCCUCCAUUCAACUGUUUUUCGAUGGCUCCUGGAUAACCUUGAUCUUGUCGUCCUGUUUACUACUGAUGAUACUAACAUUCGCGAUACAACGUGGACAAUUUAUUUACGCUGUUAGGAAUAUACCGCAGCCAAUAUCCUUGCCGCUCAUUGGGAAUGCCUAUCAAUUAAAUUCCACUUUGGAAGAAUUCUUUAACAAUCUGGUCAAAUGGAGUCAACGAUUCGGUGAUAUAUUUUUAGUUUGGGUCGGGAUACGUCCUUUCAUCUUUCUUUACAAAGUUGAAACUGUCCAGCCUUUACUAAGUAGCAGCGUUCAUAUUAAUAAAAGCUUUGAUUACAACUACCUAAAUCCAUGGCUUGGUAAUGGACUGAUCACCAGUAACGGCGAUGUUUGGUAUCAUAGUAGGAAGUUACUAACACCGACCUUUCACAGUGGCCUCCUUGAGGAAUAUUUCAAUAGCGCUACGAAUGAGGUUAAAAUUAUGAUCAGCUGUCUCGAAAAAGAGAUUGGCAAGAGCUUCGACAUCGUUCCAUAUGCAAAACGAGCUAUGCUAGACGUGAUUUGUGACAGUGCUAUGGGUUACCAUAUUAACGCACAAACUAACGUGUUUAAUGAAUACGUUUUGGCUGUGAAUAGAAUGUCACAAAUCAUGCAGUACAGAUUUACAAACGUUUGGACAUCAUUCAACUUGAUAUUCAGAUUAACAAAAUUAGGAAGAGAACACGAUCAUGCUCUUAAAGUAAUUCAUACUUUUGUUGAUAAGGUCAUCGCCGAAAGAAAACAAGAAUGGAUAAACCAACAAAAUGACGAUUCUAAUAAAUCAAUAAAGAAACAUCGUGCUUUAUUAGAUUUGUUAUUAGAAAUAUCAAAAAAUGGUACGAUUUUGACCGAUACUAAUAUUCGCGAUGAGGUCAAUACGUUUAUGUUUGCUGGUCAUGAUACAACAGCUACCAGUAUAUCCUGGAUAUUGUACGCUUUGGGAAGACGACCCGAAUAUCAGGAACAAAUAUUAGACGAAUACGACGAGAUAGUCGGUGACAAAGAAAUAACGUUAGAAAUGUUAAACAAAUUAAAUCUAUUGGACGCUUGUAUCAAAGAAUCAUGGCGUCUCUAUCCAGUGGUUCCAUUAAUCGGUAGACAAAUUUAUAGUCCCAUUAAAAUACUGGGACAUAAUAUUCCAGUUGGUUCGACGGUCCUAAUAAACUCUUAUUUGUUACAUCGAGACGUUCGCUAUUUUCCCGAACCAGACGUUUUUAAACCCGAAAGAUUUUUACCAAGUAGCCCUAAAUUACCGUCGUACACAUUUAUACCUUUCAGCGCGGGAUCACGCAAUUGUAUAGGUUGGAAAUUCGCGACAGUAGUUGUUAAAGUAUUCACCUUAUCGAUAUUAAAGUCUUACCAUAUUACAUCUUUAAUAACCGAAGACAAACUUCGUCUUAUAUCCGAAUUAGUUCUUGUUAAUAAAGGUGGAAUACCAUUAAAAAUUACACCGAGAACGCGAUGAUUUCAAAUAUAAUUUUUUUCUUUUUUUUUUUUUUUUUUUACCAUUAUCAAAAUGGACGUCCUAUAAUAUCUAUGUAUAUAUACAUAUAUACAUAUAUAUAUAUAUAUAUAUAUAUAUGAGUGUGUGUAUGUAUAAUUGCAUAUUUGCAUCCUUGUAUAUCGUUUUGUUUAAACAGAAUUUGUUUAAAAUAGUUUUAUAGAUAUUAUAGAUUGUAGGUUAUGUUAAGCUAUAAUUAAAUUAUAAAUCGAUCGUAAUAGAUUUAUCGAUUCUAUACGAUAAUUAUCGCGUACGAAUUGUAACUUUGUCAAUUGUAUCGAAAAGCUAACGUGUGAUAUCUUAGUAUGAAGAAACAAACAGAAAGAAAAAGAAAAAAUAAAAUAUGGAGAAUAUGUAUUUUUGUAAUAUUAAAUAUACAAAGGAUAUAUAUAUAUAUAUAUGUAUAUAUAAUCUUUUAAGAUUACAUGCUAUAUAAUUGGCGUUAAAAAAUUACGACGUGAUGAUAUUGUUAUAACUUUGUUAAUGUAAUCUUAAUGUGUUUGAAUGAUAUAUAUAUAUAUUAUAUAUAUAUAGCAUG